AUGUGGAGACCAAGUUUGAGUGGAAAUAUAUCAGGAACAGACCCGUUAAAGGACAACCGCUUACUUUUGAAAGCAGAAGCUUUAGAUGAUUCUCAUGAAGCAAGGAAUACUGCUGCUGUUGUUAACGAAUUGUCCAAAGAAAUAACUAAAAUUCUGGUUUCUCAUCCUGUGAAUGCUAGGCGUGUUGCAGAAGGGAAGAACAUAGCAAAUGUAGUCCUUUUAAGAGGUUGUGGCAUUCGAAUUGAGGUUACACCAUUUUUAGGUAAACAUGGUUUGUGGCCAUGCAUGGUUGCUCCAACGAAAAUAAUUGCUGGCCUCGGCUUAUCACUCGGAAUUGAUAUACUUGAUGCUCCUGGAGCAACUGGGGACUAUCGAACUUUACUAACAUCAAAAGCAUCAACAAUAGCUAAGGCACUCUCUGCUCCUUUGCAGUCCAGCCCCAAGGUGUUUGUACCCGGAGAGGAUGAGCUCAAAGCAGGCCGCCCAGAUGGCUAUGACUUUGGAUUUCUUCAUAUUAAGGCAAUAGAUGAUGCUGGCCAUGACAAGGCGAGCAUCCUCAAGGUCAAAGCAUUAGAAGCUGUAGAUACCGCUGUGGGGCAGCUGGCAAGGCUUCUCUGGGAAACAGAAUCAUCUGGAAAAUAUCAGUUUUUUCUUUGUGUCACAGGAGAUCACUCUACUCCAGUAGAAUAUGGUGAUCAUAGCUUUGAAUCAGUCCCGUUCACCAUGUGUCGGUUGAAAGACUUUGUUGGUGCAAUUGGGGAAUCCACUAUUAGACAAAUCUCUCUUGAUCCAUUUCCCAUUCCCAAUGUCAAGUCUGGUAAAGACUUGCUUGAUGAUUUGGAAACAAAGGAGAGAAGAGACAAACAUUGUCAACCUUACAGUGGUGAUUCUGUUUAUGAGCUAAACGAAGUGGCAGCUGCAAGGGGAUGUCUGGGACGUUUCCCUGGGGGAGAAAUGAUGGGAAUUAUAAAGAAAUUCCUUAGCUUAGAUGCGGAAACUGCUUAA